AUGGAUAACCAAGGUAACCGUCUCUACCUGAACUUCGGGAACAACAACAACAACAACGCCGAUCGCCUCGCCGCCUCCGAUCGCACGCAGUAUCCCACCACUCCCUCCACCUUCCCCCAGCCCGUCUUCCCAACCGGCCCCUCUGGUCAGGCGCCGACCCCCCAGCAGGCCCAGCAAGGUUACCCGCAAGGCUAUGCUUCUAACAACUACUACAAUCCUAACCAUAACGAUCCCAACGCUGGACUGGCCCAUCAAUUUGCCCACCAGAACCUAGGCGGUGCCGGCAGACCCCAGAACUACAGUGCCCGUGGCCCUUCUCCAGGACAGCGCCCCCGUACGGCUAACAGCCAGGGCCAGCAGCCUGGCUACGGCAGCUACUUGAACGCGCCCCCGAUGCCUUCGCAGAACUCUGGGCUCGAGUUUGCCCCCGCCCCCGAGCGGAACCCGGACAAAUACGGCCCUAAUGCCAACAACAACCAGAAGAAGUGCUCCCAAUUGGCCUCGGAUUUCUUCAAGGACAGUGUCAAGCGGGCUCGUGAGCGGAACCAAAGACAAAGCGAGAUGGAACAGAAGCUGAACGAGACCACGGAUCCCCGCCGCCGGGAAUCCAUAUGGGCGACUGGAGGCAGAAAGGAGGGCCAGUACCUCCGCUUCCUCCGAACCAAGGACAAGCCCGAGAACUAUAACACCAUCAAGAUUAUCGGCAAGGGUGCUUUUGGUGAGGUGAAGCUGGUUCAGAAGAAGUCGGACGGCAAGGUUUAUGCCAUGAAGAGCUUGAUCAAGACGGAAAUGUUCAAGAAGGACCAGCUUGCGCACGUUCGCGCCGAGCGUGAUAUUCUUGCCGAAUCAGACAGUCCCUGGGUCGUCAAGCUCUACACGACCUUUCAAGAUGCCAACUUUCUCUACAUGCUCAUGGAGUUCUUGCCCGGUGGCGAUCUCAUGACCAUGUUGAUCAAGUACGAAAUCUUUUCCGAGGAUAUCACACGGUUCUACAUUGCCGAGAUUGUGUUGGCUAUUGAGGCUGUCCAUAAGUUGGGCUUCAUUCACAGGUGUGUUCUUUUUGCUGGAGUCGUAACGGCGUUUGGAUACUGA